GGCGCGGCGAGCGCCGACGGUGGUCGCAGCUGGGAGCGGCUCGACCUGCCGCCGCUGCUCGAGCCCGGCGGCGCGGGCGGCGACUGGACCGCGCAGGUUGUGGGCACGCCGUACGCGGUCGCUCUGCCGGCGCGACGGCCGCACAGCCCCACCAAUGCCUCCCGCACGAGCGCCCCUCCCCGAGCGCGCCCCUCCCCUCCCUCCCCUCCCUCCCGCCCGCCUCGCGCCCGCCGGCUCGCGCGCCGCCACGCCAGUGACGGGGCCCUCCCGACGGGCGGCAGGGCGGCGGGCUGCGCCUCUUCUUCUGCGGCAAGCCGAGCGCCGAGCGCGGCGGCAUGUGCAUCGGCGCGCUCGACUCGCCGGCGGGCAGGCUCGAGGCGGACGCGUGGCUGCCCGCCGGCAAGAGGGUCAGCGGCAGCGCGUCCUACCUGAAGGGGAUGGUCGAGUCGCCGCUCGAGUUCCGCUCGGGCGAGGCGCUCGACAACCUGACGCCCAACCUCAAGCUGCUCGGCGGCGCGGCCGCGGUCAGCGCCGCGCUCGUCGGGGGCUUCCUCGCGGCGAACGGCGUUCUGUGAGCUUCAGCUUUCGUUUAAAAGAAUGGCACUUGGUGCA